CAAUAUGAAGGUCUUGGCUGUGACACUAUUGGCUCUGGUGGCGGUCUCCUCCGCGAGGCACAUCGACCUCGAGGAUGUCAUUGAUCUAGAAUCCAUCACCGCUUACGAUUACUUCAACAAAGUUGGAAUACCCUUAGCUGAGGCUAUUCGCAAAGCUGAGGAAGAAGCCGCCUUGGACCCAUCUAGAAUCGUUGGAGGAUCUACUGCCAGACUUGGUCAAUUCCCUUACCAGGCUGGCCUCGUCAUUGAACUGUCAGGCAGAACCGGUGUAUGUGGUGGUUCUCUGCUCAACUCUCGAAGGGUACUCACUGCUGCUCACUGCUGGAACGAUGGUCAAAACCAGGCCAGGAGAUUCACAGUCGUUCUUGGUUCCAUACAAUUGUACAGUGGUGGUACCAGAUUGAGCACCAGUAGCGUAGCUAUGCAUGGAAGCUGGAAUCCCAGCCUUGUCCGUAAUGAUAUCGCUAUGAUCACAUUACCUUCUGCUGUUUCAACUUCUGGUAAUAUUGGUUUUAUCGCACUGCCCUCUGGUAACGAGCUCAACAACCAGUUUGCCGGCGCUACUGCUACCGCAUCUGGCUUCGGUCUCACCAGAGACGGCGGAAGUGUCAGCGGUGCCUUGAGCCACGUCAACUUGCCUGUGAUCACAAACGCAGUGUGCCGCAACACUUUCCCUCUCAUCAUUCAGUCUUCCAAUGUAUGCACUAGCGGAGCCAAUGGUAGAAGCACUUGCCAGGGUGAUUCUGGUGGUCCCCUUGUUGUCAACAGCAACAAUAGACGUAUCUUGAUCGGUGUGACUUCCUUCGGACAUAGAGAUGGUUGCCAGCGUGGACAUCCAGCUGCCUUUGCCAGAGUCACAUCCUACAUCAGUUGGAUCAACCAACGUCUUUGAACAGUGAAAUAAUUUCUGGAACUGUUUUACGCAAUUUACGACUGCACCAUGUUGAAGAAUAAUUAAUAAAAUAUUCGUUUAUUUUA